AUGAAAGUUGAUUGGCAAUGUCCUGAUUGGAGAAGUUACAAUACUGACCAUCCAUCUCUCAAGGCACAUGUCGAGAAAUUAGCUAAACUUGGGUUAAAGGACCCAUGGAUUAGAAACUAUGCUUGGCGUUAUUCACCGAAAAUAUACAAAACACGUUUCCAGUGGGUUAAAGAAUUAUUCCUUCGAAGAUUACCGCAUGGUGUUGCUUUAGGCCUUGCAGCCACUGUAGUCAUUAACGGGUUUGAUCAUUGGCGAAAAAAGCAAGAGCAUCAUCAUCAUGUAUCAUCUACAGCAGAACAUUAGGCGAAUUACUUUUUCUGUCUUAUGUGCACAGUCCUGUUAUUAUCAUUAUCAUUAUUAUUAUUACUCUUGUUUUGAUU